GAACGACCGCGGGCAACGACAACCUUGCCUGUUACAUGUUGGAGCAGCGAGACGGCGCGUCCUGACGCCGUAGAACGAUGAUGCGACUUCCUGGAUGAACACGAGAGGGAGGGGCGGAGAGACGGAGGAAGACGAUGAAGGUGACUCCGCGCCUUGCUAUAAUCAACGCUUCCACAAACAUAGAGGAGAAAAGUUAUGCCAAGUGCAACCAUCGAAUGAGAAUGAAGACUUUUUUACCUGGUUGUGUUUUUCUGUGGGCCAUGUUGCAGCGCGGUAACUUGCAGGUUGUUGUGUUACCUGACUCAGUGUCAAACUGCUGUGAGGGCGACAUUCUCAUAUUGCUGGACUCUUCAGGAAGCAUCGCCAACUACGAAUUCUCACGCAUGCUGGACUUCACCGCCAAGCUACUUCGGCCUUUCUCGCUAGGCCGCGGCCACGUGAGGAUUGGGCUGCUGCAGGUGGGGACCAAACCAGACUUGAAGUUCGGGCUGGAUGAGCACACCAACCAGUAUAAUCUACAGAAAGCUCUCCUUAGCAUCACGCAUCUGCAAGGCAACACCAACACGGAGGCGGCGCUUCGGGUGGCCCAGCGGCUCCUGACGAACACAGACGUGCCGAAAGUUUUGCUCUGGCUGACGGAUGGCGUAGAGCUGGGGGAGGUGGACGAGCCCAUAGCGCAGCUGAAGGCGCAGGGGGUUUCUAUGUUAAUUGUGUCCUCCGUGCACGGCAACUUCCAUGUGCUGCAGCGGGCUGUUUCCCCUCCUUUGGAGUCCCACCUGUACUCUGUGGACAUAGAAAACAUUGACAUCAUCACAGAGAAGUUGAGAGAGGCCAUUAUCAGGAUCAUUCGAGCAGAGCGUCUCCGUGCUGUUGAUGUCACAUCCCAUAGUGCUGUACUGCAGUGGCGUCCUGUUUUAAGCACACUAAGUGGUUAUUACGAGUUGUGGUAUAAGGCCGUUGGGAAAACACAUGCAGAGGAGAGACGCAUUAUCCCGGGAGAAUCGAGCUCAAUGGAGCUGACCAAACUACAACCUGAGACCACCUAUUCUGCUUUCUUGCGGCCGGAGUCCAACAAGAGGCUUUUCAACACGCUCACUGUGACCUUUACCACGCUUGCUGGUGUUUUAAGCCCGGCAGUGGUCUCAGUGCACGACUCCGGUUCCGGUAAGACGCAAGUGAGCUGGGGUCCCUUGCAGCCAGCUCUGGUUCGGGGAUACAGGGUGGAAUAUGGAGCCAUUCCAAGCGGAACAGUCCACACCGUGAUAGUACAGAGCCACCAGAACUUUACUGUGCUGACCGAGCUGGAGCCAGGAAUUGAGUACCUCGUCACAGUCAGUGCUUUGUACAAGAACGGCAAAGAAAGAGCCAUGUCUGUGAAAGCAUGCUCUCAAGAAGCACCAGCAGCAGCGGCUUUGCCUGCCCUCGAUGACCUUCAGCUGACCACGGCGACGCAUGACGAGGUACAGGUAGAAUGGAAGGCCCGGCAGCAGGGCCUGAGAGGAUUCUGGCUCAGCUGGGAGAAAGGGAACACUUAUGACUCCACUUCCACGUUCUUGCCGUCAUCCUCGCACUCAACGCUACUCACACACGUUGCGCCCACCAGCCGCGUGUGCGUAUCCCCCAUCUACAGCUCGGGCCGAGGAGACGGCCUGUGCUGCACGACAGAAAAGUAAACGGGUUAACGGAGCUGAAUGUCUCUUCAGUUCAUUUUUGUUUUGCUCCUUUGUGAAUAUGCAAUAUCCCUUUUCCUGGCUUAACGGGAAAAUGCGGCAAUCAAGCAGCUGGUGAACAUUAUGUGUUUGUAGUGCUGGAGGCACAAGAUUCCAUAUGCAGCCUGUAAUACUGAAUAUUCUUCCCUUUUAAUGGAUUAGAGACAGAACACUACAAUAUGUCCUGACUCGUGUGGCUUGGCAAUAAAAAAAAUAUCAUACUCA